GUUUGUGCCCUUGGACUUGACCUUUCCGUUGCCCAUCAUGCCCUACCUGGUGGAUGAGCUGGGUUUUAUCACGUGCAACGUGUCACGCGGGGAGCGGAUCAUAGCAGCAGAGACCAACCAGUCGUUUGAUGUUCCUCAGAAAUUUCUGCAGAGCGGGUCCAAUUAUUUCAUCGUCGACUCUGAUCUACAUCCGGUUGUCAGUUGUCACGCCGGGUUGAGAAUUAACGUGACAGUCAAUCCAGCUCCUGCCACGGGACCUACGGGGCUUUAUGUAGCGGUUGGGGCCUCUCCAUCUUUCGACUGCCAUUGCUGCGGAAACUACAAGGGAGAGAACUGUGAUAUAUUUGACUCCUGUCUUAGUCACCCCUGCCAAAAUGGCGGGAGUUGUUUGCACCCAAACAACGACUCGCAUGAGUUUGCUUGUGAGUGUCCCCUAGGAUUUUAUGGAAGCCAUUGUGAGAACCAGACGGAAGACCUCUGUGACGUGGUGGACUGCUACAACAACGCCACCUGUACUGGCAACAGCACCAGCUUCUACUGCAGCUGCCCAGCGGGGUUGACGGGCACUCACUGUGAGGUGGACAUCAACGAAUGCGAGUCGCUGCCCUGUGUCCACGGAACUUGUGUCGACAAAAGGAAUGGGUUUACUUGCCAUUGCGAGCCAGGUUUCCAUGGUGCAACGUGCUCCGACCGUCACCGGAUGUGCUCCCUGAGUCCCUGCAAACAUGGCGGAUACUGUCACGAGCUGGACCAACCCCCAGGCCCCUUCCAGUUCACCUGUCACUGCCAACCUGCCUGGACGGGCAGGGAUUGUACCACCAGAGUAAGUCAACAACAGGCUUCACUCGGAACCAGAUGCGAAGUCAACAUAAACGACUGUGACCCUAACCCUUGCAAGUACGGAGGUCAUUGCCGAGACGGUGUCAACGCUCACAGUUGUCUGUGUAUACAUUCACAUGCAGGCUCCAACUGUCAGUUUACCUUGGACCUAUUCUCGCCAAUCCUGGAAGACACAGACAUUUCUGGAGGCAUCAUCCACAACCCCAGGCACACACGGAACUUGUACAUCGUGGCAGGAACUCUGACUGCUGCCAUCGCUGUCAUGGUGCUGGUUCUCAUCGCCUGCUACUGUCGCAUCAGUGGUAGCUACCGCAGCUGCUGCGGCGUGUCCAAGUUUCAUCUCUACAGGCGUUACCGCGAGGACAUGACACUGAAUGUUGAUGUCACCAGUGCAUCUGACUGCCCUCUAGCGGUGGACGCAUUCUGGAGAUCUUUGGACAGUGAGACGGAGGCUUUGAGUAGCAGCUCAUCAAGACAGUCCUUUCAGAACCACACAGUCUGA